GAGUCCCUGUUAGAGGCGGUGUCUACGGUUGAGCUGAGGGCGCAGGCGCCACGGCCCGUCUAGCCGGGUUCCCGGGCGGCUGGCGGCGGCGGCAGCGCCAGUGGCAGCGGCAGAGUCUCCGUUUCCGUGUGGGCGGCCACGCAGCCCUGGAUAGUCUGUAGAGAAUGCCAAAUGAGGGAAUCCCCCAUUCAAGUCAAACUCAGGAGCAAGACUAUUUACAGAGUCAACCUGUCAGUAAUAAUGAAGAAAUGGCAAUCAAGCAAGAAAGUGGUGGUGAUGGGGAGGUGGAAGAAUACCUGCCCUUUAGUUCUGUGGGUGACGGACCGUCCACCUCUGCCGAGGGGUGCGCAUCAGCAGCUUCGAGGAGAGGGCCAGCCCUGCUGCAUAUCAACCGACAUCAGAUCCAGGCGGUGGAGCCUAGCGCCCAGGCCCUUGAGCUGCAGGGUUUGGGUGUGGACGUCUAUGACCAGGAUGUGCUGGAACAGGGUGUGCUUCGGCAGGUGGACAAUGCCAUCCAUGAGGCCAGCCGUACCUCCCAGCUCGCUGACGUAGAGAAGGAGUAUCGGUCGGUCCUGGAUGACCUCACGUCAUGUACGACAUCACUAAGGCAAAUCAAUAAAAUUAUUGAACAGCUUAGCCCUCAAGCUGCCACCAGCAGAGACAUCAACAGGAAACUAGAUUCUGUAAAACGACAGAAGUAUAAUAAGCCGUUGACCCUCACACACCUUUGCUCACUGUUGCGAGAGCCUGGCCCUUCUUCCCACCUUGGGUGGUACAGUCAGCACCCAGCCACACUGGAGCUGUACUUAGCUUUGGAAAACUUAAGGGAACAACAGCUAAAAAAGAUCACUGCAAAACAAAAGCAUCUCCAGGCCAUCCUUGGAGGAGCAGAGGUGAAAAUUGAACUAGAUCAUGCCAGUCUAGAGGAAGAUGCAGAGCCUGGGCCAUCCAGUCUUGGCAGCAUGCUCAUGCCUGUCCAGGAGACUGCCUGGGAAGAGCUCAUUCGCACUGGCCAGAUGACACCUUUUGGUACCCAGAUCCCUCAGAAACAGGAGAAAAAGCCCAGAAAAAUCAUGCUCAAUGAAGCAUCAGGCUUCGAAAAGUAUUUGGCAGAUCAAGCAAAACUGUCUUUUGAAAGGAAGAAGCAAGCUACUUGUAAUAAAAGACCAGCUAGAAAAGCUCCAGCCUCAGUCACGCCUCCGGCCCCAACACAAAGUAAAAACAAACCAAACAAGAAAGCCAAAGUUCUGUCUAAAAAAGAGGAGCGUUUGAAAAAGCACAUCAAGAAACUCCAGAAGAGGGCUUUGCAGUUCCAGGGGAAAGUGGGAUUGCCAAAGGCAAGGAGACCCUGGGAGUCAGACAUGAGGCCAGAGGCAGAGGGAGACUCUGAGGGUGAAGAGUCUGAGUAUUUCCCCACAGAGGAGGAGGAGGAGGAGGAGGAGGAAGAUGACGAGGUGGAGGGGGUGGAGGCAGACCUGUCUGGAGACGGUACUGACUAUGAGCUGAAGCCUCUGCCCAAGGGCCGGAAACGGCAGAAGAAAGUCCCAGUGCAGGAGAUUGACGACGACUUUUUCCCAAGUUCUGGGGAAGAAGCUGAAGCUUCUCCUAUAGGAGAAGGAGGAGGAGGAGGUCGGAAAGUAGGAAGAUACCGAGAUGAUGGAGAUGAAGAUUAUUAUAAGCAGCGGUUAAGGAGAUGGAAUAAACUGAGACUGCAGGACAAAGAGAAACGUCUGAAGCUGGAGGACGAUUCUGAGGAAAGCGAUGCUGAAUUUGACGAAGGUUUUAAAGUGCCAGGUUUUCUGUUCAAAAAGCUUUUUAAGUACCAGCAGACAGGUGUUAGGUGGCUGUGGGAAUUGCACUGCCAGCAGGCAGGAGGAAUUCUGGGAGACGAAAUGGGAUUGGGCAAGACCAUCCAGAUAAUUGCCUUCUUGGCAGGUCUGAGCUACAGCAAGAUCAGGACUCGUGGUUCAAAUUACAGGUUUGAGGGGUUGGGUCCAACUGUAAUUGUCUGUCCAACAACAGUGAUGCAUCAGUGGGUGAAGGAAUUUCACACGUGGUGGCCUCCAUUCAGAGUGGCAAUUCUACAUGAAACCGGUUCCUAUACCCACAAAAAGGAGAAACUAAUUCGAGAUGUUGCUCAUUGUCAUGGAAUUUUGAUCACAUCUUACUCCUACAUUCGACUGAUGCAGGAUGACAUUAGCAGGUAUGACUGGCAUUAUGUGAUCUUGGACGAAGGACACAAAAUUCGAAAUCCAAAUGCUGCUGUCACCCUUGCUUGCAAACAGUUUCGCACCCCUCAUCGGAUCAUCCUGUCUGGCUCACCAAUGCAAAAUAACCUCCGAGAGCUGUGGUCACUCUUUGACUUCAUCUUCCCGGGAAAGUUAGGCACGUUGCCUGUGUUUAUGGAGCAGUUCUCCGUCCCCAUCACCAUGGGGGGAUAUUCAAAUGCUUCCCCAGUACAGGUCAAAACUGCUUACAAGUGUGCAUGUGUAUUACGAGAUACCAUAAAUCCAUAUCUACUACGGAGAAUGAAGUCAGAUGUCAAGAUGAGCCUUUCUUUGCCAGAUAAAAAUGAACAGGUCUUAUUUUGCCGUCUUACAGAUGAGCAGCAUAAAGUCUACCAAAAUUUCGUUGAUUCCAAAGAAGUUUACAGGAUUCUCAAUGGAGAGAUGCAGAUUUUCUCCGGACUCAUAGCCCUAAGAAAAAUUUGCAACCACCCUGAUCUCUUUUCUGGAGGUCCCAAGAAUCUCAAAGGUCUUCCUGAUGAUGAACUAGAAGAAGAUCAGUUUGGGUACUGGAAACGUUCUGGGAAAAUGAUUGUUGUUGAAUCUUUGUUGAAAAUAUGGCACAAGCAGGGUCAGCGAGUAUUGCUGUUUUCUCAGUCAAGGCAGAUGCUGGACAUACUUGAAGUAUUCCUUAGAGCCCAAAAGUAUACCUAUCUCAAGAUGGAUGGUACCACUACAAUAGCUUCAAGACAGCCACUGAUUACAAGAUACAAUGAGGACACAUCCAUAUUUGUGUUUCUUCUGACCACGCGGGUGGGCGGUUUAGGUGUCAACCUGACAGGGGCCAACAGAGUUGUCAUCUAUGACCCCGACUGGAACCCAAGCACAGACACACAGGCCCGGGAGCGAGCAUGGAGAAUAGGCCAGAAGAAGCAGGUGACUGUGUACAGGCUCCUCACUGCGGGCACCAUUGAAGAAAAGAUCUACCACCGACAAAUCUUCAAGCAGUUUUUGACAAAUAGAGUGCUAAAAGACCCAAAACAAAGGCGUUUUUUCAAAUCCAAUGAUCUCUAUGAGCUAUUUACUCUGACUAGCCCUGAUGCAUCCCAGAGCACUGAAACAAGUGCGAUUUUUGCAGGAACUGGAUCAGAUGUUCAGACACCCAAAUGCCAUCUAAAAAGAAAGAUUCAACCAGCCUUUGGAGCAGACCAUGAUGUUCCAAAACGCAAAAAGUUCCCUGCUUCUAACAUAUCAAUAAAUGAUGCCACAUCAUCUGAAGAGAAAUCUGAGGCUAAAGGAGCUGAAGUAAAUGUAGUACCUUCUAAUCAAAGUGAUCCUUUGAAAGAUGACCCUCACAUGAGUAGUAAUAUAGCUAGCAAUGAUAGGCUUGGAGGAGAGACAAAUGCAGUAUCUGGACUGGAAGAGUCGUCAGUGAUUAGUGGAAAUCGGGAAUGUUCAAAUUCUUCAGGAACAGGCAAAACUUCCAGGCCAUCUGGUGAUGAAAGCAUUGAUGAAAAGUUGGGUCUUUCUUACAAAAGAGAAAGACCCAGCCAGGCUCAAACAGAAUCUUUUUGGGAGAAUAAACAAAUGGAAAAUAAUUUUUAUAAGCACAAGUCAAAAACAAAACAUCAUAGUGUGGCAGAAGAAGAGACCCUAGAGAAGCAUCUGAGACCAAAGCAAAAGCCUAAGAACCCUAAGCAUUGCAGAGACGCCAAGUUUGAAGGAACUCGAAUUCCGCACCUGGUGAAGAAAAGGCGUUACCAGAAGCAAGAUAGUGAAAACAAGAGUGAGGCCAAGGAACAGAGCAAUGAUGAUUAUGUUUUGGAAAAGCUUUUCAAAAAAUCAGUUGGCGUGCACAGUGUCAUGAAGCACGAUGCCAUCAUGGAUGGAGCCAGCCCAGAUUAUGUACUGGUGGAAGCAGAAGCCAACCGAGUGGCUCAGGAUGCCUUGAAAGCACUGAGGCUCUCUCGUCAGCGGUGUCUGGGAGCAGUGUCUGGUGUUCCCACCUGGACUGGCCACAGGGGGAUUUCUGGUGCACCAGCAGGAACAAAGAGUAGAUUUGGUAAGAAAAGGAAUUCUAACUUCUCUGUGCAGCAUUCUUCAUCGACAUCUCCAACAGAGAAGUGCCAGGAUGGCAUCAUGAAAAAGGAGGGAAAAGAUAAUGUCCCUGAGCAUUUUAGUGGAAGAGCAGAAGAUGCAGACUCUUCGUCCGGGGCCCUCGCUUCCUCCUCACUCUUGGCUAAAAUGAGAGCUAGAAACCACCUGAUUCUGCCAGAGCGUUUAGAAAGUGAAAGCGGGCACCUGCAGGAAGCUUCUGCCCUGCUUCCCACCACAGAACAUGAUGACCUUCUGGUGGAGAUGAGAAACUUCAUUGCUUUCCAGGCCCACACUGAUGGCCAGGCCAGCACCAGGGAGAUACUACAGGAGUUUGAAUCCAAGUUAUCUGCAUCGCAGUCUUGUGUCUUCCGAGAACUAUUGAGAAAUCUGUGCACUUUUCAUAGAACUUCUGGUGGUGAAGGAAUUUGGAAACUUAAGCCAGAAUACUGCUAAACAACAUUGCUUCCUAAACUUUCAAGUCACUUUUUCUAAUGGGCAUUUCUGAUUAUUAAUUUAUUAUUAAUAAUCAUGUUUGUCAAUGGAAGUUGGCUGCACUUGAUGUUUGUUUGCAUGACAUCUACCUCAGAAUUAAAACUUUAAGAAGACGAAACUCUUCUCUGAAAGUUAAAAAGUUUUAAUAAUGCUAGCUAAAGGAGAAAAUACUUGGAUUGAUUUCUUUUUUUGGCACUCUGAAUUAUGUUAAAAAAUCAGGGACCUAACGGUUACUCCUUGGAGCACAUUUGUUCCUUUACCCAAAAGAUGCUGUCAGGGAGCACAGUUAGAAGUUUGCAGAACAGAAAUCUCAAUAAUUUUUUUUAUUGGUGCUAAAAACAGGUUUUAUAUUCAGUCAAACCUGUUCAGUAAGUUCAUCAAUAUCUGAUAACAGCAUUAUUUUGAUGCAUAACCUUUAAACAUUUAAAUUUACUGUUUGCCACCCACAAAGGUCAGGUUUGUUAUUUGUUGUUUGAUAAUUAUAUUAAUUUUCUUGAAAAGAUCCUCUUUUCAAGGUACUGGCAAAUUGGUGGGUAUUUUUAUUAGUAAAGCAUGAAACAGUUUGUUAAUAAAUGAUAAGACAUGUAUUUGUGGAAAGUUGUAGGGUAUUCAGUUUACCCUGGCUUUCCUUUAAGCAGAGGGCAUCUUUUUCCCUUCUACAGUCACAAAAGGGCAUCUUUUUCCCUCCUACAGUCACAAAAUGUGUUAUUAAAAAAAAAAAUCCAAUUAAAGCCAAAAGUAGGUACAUAAAAACCACACAUGUGCAUGCACACAAACAUCACUGCAGCCCACAGCAGACCCAGCUGUUAUUACUAUGAAGUGACACCACUCCAGACCUCUCUUAUCUGCAGGCUGGCAGGCUGUCUUCUCUCCAGUUGCCUUUGUCUUGCGCCUGCCUUUGCAUUCCCUGUGACGGGCUUUCCUGUUUCUGUGGUUUGGAUUCCAGCCAAGGCUGUUUGUAUCUCGCUACUGUUUAUGUGUUUAUGGUUCUGUGAUGGUGUUGCUUUGAUCCUCAGUUUCUUUUCUUUUUUUUUUUUUUUUGAGAUGGAGUCUAGCUCUGUCGCCCAGGCUGGAGUGCAGUGGUGUGAUCUCUGCUCACUGCAAGCUCCGCCUCCCGGGUUCACGUCAUUCUCCUGCCUCAGCCUCCCGAGUACCUGGGACUACAGGUGCCCGCCACCACGCCCGGCUAAUUUUUUGUAUUUUUAGUAGAGACGGGGUUUCACUGUGUUAGCCAAGAUGGUCUCGAUCUCCUGACCUCGUGAUCCGCCCGCCUCGGCCUCCCAAAGUGCUGGGAUUACAGGCGUGAGCCACCGCGCCUAGCCCAGUUUAUUUUCUUACCUGUGUUUUUCUUGUUUCCUUCUCAGGAUGAUUUUAUCAUCUCAUCUUUGAAGUGUUGUUUUCUGAAAAUCAUUGUAUUCCUUGAAUUUCUUCUGUAGCUAUCUCAGUGCAGUUUGUUUCUUGGAUUUGUGUUCUCUGGUCUGCUCUUUUCCUCUCUCAUUUUCUGUAGUAUACCUGCCCUCCUACCGUGCUGUUUCUUUACAUCUCGCUCAUGCUUAACAUGGAUAGCUGUGUCCAGAUCUUCUGUCUGCUUGUCCCUGUGACUCAGACAGGAGGGUCCUGGGCAGGGGGAGCCUUGCCGGACUGCAUGAGAGGACAUGAGUUUUGCUUUCUCUGCUCUAAUAUUUUGCUUAAGCCAAGAAUCCUUUUCUUAGAGAUGUUCUUUAUGAUUCCUGCCAGGAUUUUCUAGUUUUUUUGGAUUAUAGCUUGUUCAUUUCUUUGGUUUUUAGUUUGGUUUAUAUAUAAUGAGGGAAGAUGAUGAUUACAUUAUUCUUGUCACUUUGCCAUCAUUGUUGAGAAGUCAUAGAAGGAAUUUUUAAACAGGCCAAUAAGUCUUAAACUUGAAUACUUGGUUUAGAAGGAAGUCAAAACUCCUUCCUUUUUGACUAAGUGGUUUGUUUCUGGGGAGCUCUUAAUUUCUAUUUUUAUAAUCAUUAGCCUAUAAGGAAAUUGUGUCUUCCUUGUUCUCAGGGUGAUCUACUGACCUUGUUCACUCAUAUGAAGCAUUUGGGCAUCACAUUUAUAGUGUCUGAAACAUAAACUGUAUUGAGCUAGACAAGGUAUAGCCUUCUCUUCAAGUAACAAAUACUGUCAAAAACUAUAAUGCAGUAGGAGCAAGGUGGUCCUUGUUCCAGUUCUUGUCUCAGUUUUUCUGACGUACCAUGAUCUUGGGAAGGUGGUGUCUCAGUGAGGAGAUCUGCACACAUUGUCAUCAUGCCUCCUGGAUGGAGGGACUUGGAGAACAUUGCAGUAAGUAGAAUGGUUUUAACAAUGCAGAGAAGUUUAUUCAUUUAGAUAAAAAUCUAAUUUUUGGAACUUUAAAAGCUUUGUACAGUGUAGAUUUAAUGUAUUUAACAUGCUUUAUCAGCACAAAUAAAGGAUUUUAAAAUUUUGUCAAAAAAUUAAAUAUAUUAAUACCAUCACCAUUAAAAAUGUUCAAGCAAUAGUCUGCCUCCCCACCCCCACACCAUCUUGCACCUGUUCCACAGCUAAGUACAGUCCUAUGUUUGGUGUGUCUUCUCCAUGCAUUUAGAGAAUCACAUGACACAGACUGCUGCUAUAAUGUCAUUUUCUCAUUCUUCCUUUACUAAUAACAUUUCUGAGUUUUACCUGGACGUCUGGCUGCUCAGCUUAAGACUACUACUCAGCCUCCCUUAAAGUUAAUUGUGGCCAUAUGACUAAGUUUUAAACUUCCAAAUUGGCCCUUUAAAUAAAGAAGCAGGGUAUGCACUCUCCUUGACAUUCCCCUUUCUUGCUGGCUGGGAGGCCAAUGGGAGCUUCAGUAGUGACCUGGCAUCUCAAGAGAUGGAAGUCAUGUGUUGAGGAAGGAGACGUUGGCCUGCCAGUCUUGAACUAUUCUCCUUUGACUUGCUAUUUAAGAGUAAAAUAAAAUACUGACUUGCUUAAACUACUGUCUUUUGAAGUCUAUUACAGCAACGAGUUUGCUUUAAAUAUGUAAUUUAUAUCAAUGGGGUGAUACCAUCCUUAUUUUGCAACUAACUUUUCAUUUAAUAUUAUGUGCAAGACAUUUCUAUUCCUGUAAGUAUAGCUCUGCCUGCAUAGAAUUGUUGGAUUAAUUAUGUAGAUUUUAAAUGUCAGUUGAUGUAGCAAAAUUGCUUGCUUCAAUUCACCCUCCAUAAAAGGACCCAUUUCUCCAAACCCUUGCCAACAGUAAGUGGUAUCAAUAUCGGUAGGUUGUUUUGUUUUGUUUUAACCAAUCUCAUGAUUGAAAGUACCUUUUUUUCACUUGAAUUUCCCUGAUUACUUAUAAAAUCAAACAUUUGCGUGUUAUUGGCCAUUUGUAGAUCUCUACCAUACUUUGCCUAUUUGUGUUAUAUUUGCCUAGUUUUCCUGUGGGUUGUUUAUCUUUUAGGAUUGUUCCCCUAAACAAAAACAAAAAGGCAAUUAUUCCAAUGAUCAACAAAUAUUCUUUUCUCCACCAGUUUAAAAUGUCAACUUUCAACUCAUCACAUGCUAAGUUGUCUAUUUCUGACCCGUGGAUCCAGGUGUUGGUUCUACCAACCACACUCCUCACGCUGUCAUUUGGUGCUUUGCGUUGUGUUUUGCCAUUCAUGGGCAAGUUGCUUUUCCUUUCUCCCCCUCUUCAGUGUCUUAUUCUUGGGUGUUUUCUGUGCCAGCUGAAUCAAGAAUUAGUUUAUUCAAUUCCAGUAAAAUUGUGGUGUUCUUUUGACUAGGGUUGCAUUUGUUUCCACAGUAAUUUAAGAAUAAAAGACUUCUUUAUAAUUAA